CUUCACCCCUACGGCGAGAAAGGAAGUGAAUAGAUAUGCAUUGGCAUUGCCACGCUAUUAUCUGGAAAUAGGUUCGCGUAGCGUUUAAUGCGCUGAACGCCUCAUUUGUGUUUGAGAUGGAACAGUGCAGAGUAACCAACUGUGCCACAAACACAACCACACACAAGAACCCAACCCACCUUAACUUUCUCUCGCCGCACUCACUUCGAUCUGUUCUGUCUAUCACCAUUCACCACUCCUUAUUUCUCAGCGUUUCCCUCUCAAAACAACAACCUGAGGAGAAACCUUAACAACAAUGUCCGUCAUCGACAUUCUCUUCCGCGUGGAUGACAUAUGUAAAAAAUAUGACAAAUACGACAUCGAUAAGCAGCGCGAGCUCAACGCCUAUGGCGACGACCUCUUCGCUCGCCUCUACGCUGCUGUCGAAUCCAGCAUACAAUCCGCUCUCAAUAAAUCCGAGGUUGCUUCCACGGAGAAGAACAGGGCAUCUGCUGCGGCUUUGAAUGCGGAGGUUCGUCGAACCAAAGGUAGACUCAUGGACGAGCUUCCUAAACUCCGCAAAUUGGUCCAUAAGAAGGUUAAAGGUCUCACAAAAGAGGAUAUGGCCAUACGUCAGGAUCUUGUUCUGGCAUUGCCAGAGAGAAUCCAAGCAAUACCAGAUGGUAUUUCUGGUGCUGCUGUUCAAACUGCAGGAUGGACUGCUACCUCAUCUCAGCCGCAUAUCAAGUUUGAUUCAUCAGAGGGGCAUCUUGACAGUGAUUAUUUCCAGCAAAGUGAAGAAUCCAGUCAGUUCCGACAAGAGUAUGAGAUGCGCAGGACGAAACAGGAUGAAGGACUUGAUAUCAUAUCAGAGGGACUGGAAACCUUGAAGGAUCUGGCACAGGAUAUGAAUGAGGAAAUUGAUCGGCAAGUUCCUUUAAUGGAUGAAAUUGACAGAAAGGUGGAUAGGGCAGCAGCUGAUGUGAGAAACACUAACGUAAGGCUGAAGAAAACUCUCACCGAGAUAAGGUCUAGUCGAAAUUUCUGCAUCGACAUCGUUCUGCUCUGUGUUCUUCUUGGAAUCGUUUUGUAUUUAUACAAUGCUCUGAGGUGACUUGAUAUUGAAUUCUUUCCCUUGAUGUACUGGUGUCCGUUUGUAAUAUGGUAUUACAUCCUUGCGCUAUCUGAGGGCUUUCAGUGUAAUUUUCCAAUAUUACAUCAUGGUUCAGCUGCUGGAUAAUGGCAACAUAUAUUAUACCAAUGUGCUUUGUAAUCCUUUGAUGUAUUAAUGGCCACUUUGAUAUGUCUUUUCUAUAAAUCUUGCCUACUAUUUCUCUUUGACUGAAAGUCUCUGUAUACUAGUUAGAAGAUUGAUGUUUGGGGCACGUCUGUCUUUUAACUCCAUUCUCCCAUAACCUCUCAAAAACAACUUUUCAUUAUUAAGUAUUAGCUCAAUCUACCGUUAAUGUUAAAACAAUGGCUGAAACACACGGUGCAAAGUGCAACGUAAAAGUUUUGAUGUCCACAUA